CCGCGCUCGGCACACGCGGAGCCGCCGCCGCCGGGCCGCCCGCCCCGCGCCGCGACACUUGACGCGCUGUCACUAUAUAACGUGCCACCAUUCUCGUAAAUUAACUUCGUUACCUCGCCAUUAUUCCCACUCUCGUGCGAAACAAAUAACGAGGUGUGUGCUGUAUCCAGCGACGGCAUUCGUGACAUCGUGUGUGACUCGACUCUAACGAUGUAUGUGGACUAACAACGUGACAGCUAGUUUUCAACAAGUUGUGCCUAUUAUCGCAUUCAGGUAGUAAAAUAAAACUUAACAACACGAACAAUGUUUAUAAAAUGCGAAAACAAUGAAAGUUCAGGGACGUUUCUAUGACAGACGAUUUGCGAUCGUAUGACUACGUCAGAGGAACUGGAAUAGAUUUACGUAUACCGAGCGUGAAAUUAAAGGAUAAACAAAUGAAUUCCGAAGCGGGCGCCAUAAUAAUGAAACAGCAGUCGGCAUCAGGAGGUGUCAAGCGGCAGACACGGUCGGCGUGACCCGCACGGUAACUCGGCCGCAGCGCAUCAGGAGAACUGGGCCAUAUCAAUAAGCGUGUCCCAGUUACCUGGAUUCGUGCGACGGCGAGCGUUGCGGCAGUGGGUAGUGGCGACGCCGGCGAUGUCGGGCAAGUCUUGCACCUCGGGCAGCGUGCGCUCGUGCGGCGGCUCCGUGCGGCUGGGCACGGCGGGCGGGCACGAGGUCGUGCUGGACGCGCUGUACGAGCGCAAGCGCGACAAGAAGAGCGUGCGCGUGCUCACUGUCAUCGUGUACGUGUUCUGCGUGUCGCUGGCGGCCAUCAUGCUCUCGCUCUACUACGUGUUCUUCUGGGAGCCCAAGGACGCGCAGUAUGCGCAACGCAAGGUGUUUCACACAGUAGAGAAGCAAACCAGCACCACACCAAUGCCCACAUGCUUUAUGCCCCUCACCGGAGGAGGCAAUACCACAGUGAAUGGUGAGAUCAUUCCAUCGACACCGGAGAACAUCACCGGUGGCUAUCCCGAGGACAAUAUCACCGACAGCAGCGUGGGGCCCACUGUCGACACAACGUCCUUACCUGACACCACACCGUCGGGCCUGCACAAUGGAACCUCGGAGAUGAACACACUAAACGUCACCGACAGCAUCACAUGACGAUCACUACGCCGGGAACUUACGAACUCAGAACGCGAGGAGAUUAGAUAGACUUGUAAAACCGGCAACAACUUACUAGUCAGUACUUAGUCACUCUAGUCAAGUAAACCCUUGGGUGUAUAUUAUAACUAACAUCGAUCUGUGACCCCUCACGAUUUGGUGCAGUGACAGUGAACGCCAUUUUGUAAAACGUAGGAUAGGUAUUUAUUAGAUAAUCGUGAUUGAUGGCCAAUAAACGAAGUAACACCACUAGUUUGUAAUGUAUUUAGUACCGUUCAUAUUAGUGUUGGGUAGGACACAAUUUAAAAAAGAGUUUGUAAGAGUAGCCUCUUUUUUGUACUGAGCCGGUACAAUGUCCCACUUCAAAUGAGGCGAGCCGUAUUGAAGCCCGGCAACACAUUUGAAGGAACUAGUACGUUUGAAAUGUUUGAUAUUACUGUGUUAGUUUGUCAUUGUAAUAGUCUGUUUGAUUUUGAGGGCAUGACAUAUUAAUGUAUUACAUCGAACAGUACACUGAACUGAUAAAAAGGGGUUUUUGGAGGAAAAUAAAAUAAUAAACCAAAAUAUGUAUUAUUUUGAAAAAUAUAGAAAAAAUAUAAAACAAGUUAAAGAUUACAAUUUAAAAAUAAUAUUUUGGCGACUUUGCUGCCUCUAAAAUAAUUUUAUCACUUGUCGCGGUCUUGUUCUUUCCUUUCGACUAUCGGUACAUUUUUGAAUGUGUAGCAUGAGGCUAGCUUCCCUGUCCCUCUUACUCUUACGAUGACAGACGAGGACGUCUACCGCUACCGCGACAUAAAAUUUGAAGUGGUACAUUUUAUAGUGCCGAGCCGCUCUUACAUUUUGACGUCAUGUACGGGACAAAUGUACUGCCUCUUGUAUGUCCUACACAACACUAGUUCAUAUUGUUAUUGGCAGGCAGUGGCAGGUAUCUAUAUUAUGUCUGAUUCCUCAUAGCCAAGUGUGUAAAGUGUGGAAUGAAAUGUUAAUAACUCUAUAUGUACCUAGAUGGUUUUUAACGACCUUUAUCCCUUCUAUACAGAAAACGCUUUUAAGAAAAAUAAAUUAAGAACUUAAAGCCUGAAGAUAAGUACCAGCAUCAUAUAGGUGGCCUAUUUUAUAACAAUGUGAUAUUUAAGAAAAGGUGUGCAGAAACAUUUAUUUGUUGGCUACCAACAAAUUUCAUGUGUAAAACUUAAUAAUUCCAAAAAAGGUUACAAUUAGUUAAAGAAGUAGGUGCCUAUAAAGCUACCUAUACCAUUUUCUUGUUUGGGAAUCGGACAUGCCUGCUCACACUAGUGUAAUAGGGCCAAUUUACUUAUGUACAAUUACAAUAUUAAAUCAUUAGUGCAGGUACAUACCUAUCUAUCUAUUGAGGUGGGCGAGGCUUUUAUAGCACUAUUGUAAAUGUAGGUGUACAUUUACAAUUAUGUACUAAAUAGGUGCGUACUUAUACAUUAAUUAGGACGAUGGCACAUAUUCAUGAGUGCCAGCCCUAAGAACCUUCGUAGAGAGGAAUGGCACAUUCUUGCGUAUUUCAGCCUUAUUGGGCUGAGUGCAACCUAUAGCUCCGUAGGAACACGAGCCUUGCCACCUACCGUAACGCUCCUAACCUCAAUCCACUGAAGCUACACAUGCUUAAAGUACCUGCUGGGCUGCCUAUAUUAUGUAUCUGUCUUAGUAUUUACAGGAAUAAAUGCGAAAAAUCUAAUGUUUGUCAUAAAGAAAUUGGUACUAAAUAUUAUGUCGCCAAUAACAUCGGAAGGCUGAAACGGAAUACCAAUUUUUAAUUAAACAUAGAAGUAUUAGAAAAUAUUAUUACAUACUUAGAUCUCACAGUUGAAAAUGUCCAUUUAUUAGGCCAUAACAAUGUCAAAACUAGUGUUAAGCUAAAUCAGAUUUAAGCUGCCUCAUGUAUUGAUAUUUUUGUUGCCUGUUUAGAUAUUUGAAAUAAUAUUCGUGACUGUCACUGAAUGCUUUUAGUAGGUUUGAAUCUCUUCAAAACUAUGAACUAAAACUUAGUACCUAACAUAAGUGAUGAACUCAAUGUAAGUAGAUGCUAAUUGCUAAUUACACUUCCACCCUGCAAUGUUAUCACAGAAUCAUUGCUCUUCUCAUUAUAUAUAAGCUAUAUGUAUGUAUAGUGUUAACGUAUCGUAUUGUAUAGCUAGGUAAACUAGCUGAUGUUAUUCUAAAUUUACAUUUAUAUAUUUAUACAUUACGAAGCUGAAGAGAUUGUUUGGUUUUGUGAUUGAACGCGCUGAUCUCUGGUGGUAGUCCAAUUUGAGAAAUAUUUUUAUAUUUUAUAGCCUAGUUUAGAUGUAAGGAUACAUUGUAGGCCCACACUGUGCUACACUUCUCUACAUUUAAUUCCGAAAUAUUUUUGCCCAUAGUUUUUACAAUCAAAGUGCAGUGGUCAGCAGGUUAUCCUACUCUCAUCUUUCUAUUCAUUGAAUUUUCGACUUUACAUCGAAAUAAUAAAGUUGAAAAUCUCAUAAAGAAAUUUGACAGAGAGGUGUAUGUUGACCUGCUUGUUACUGAACCUACAGGAUAAUAACAGUUACAGCCCACUCAUACAGCUACAUUAAUUUAUUUAGUUUUAUACAUCUGUUGGUUUAUAGUGUGUCUAAGCUCAAUGUGUAUGUAAUACUAAUGGACUCGGGCACACUGCUACUAUUUCCAAAUAUUAUUCUUAGUGGCUUAGUGAGAUUUGUAUUACUUAUAUAAACAAUAGGUUAUUAUGUAGCUUAGCUGUGUACUAGAUAAAUAUUGUAUUAGAAAAUGCCUUAGCCUUAUUUUUCGUAAUAUAGAUUUAUUUAUGAAGAGGUUUUUUUAAACUAUAAAUGUACCGAUAAUAGUCUUAUUUUAAAAAUUAUAAUUUAUUUGUUUUGUCAUGUAACUGUUUAAUUUAAAAAAUAUAUCUUUGAUAAAAA